CUUCAACCAAUUGGGACCCAUGAACUCAGCAGCAGAGCGUACCAAUGCCCCACCGCGGCGGAAAUCCUGUGAGGCCUGCAAGAUAGCCAAGCGACGCUGUGAUCUUGCCUGGCCAGCUUGCUUCCGAUGUGCCCGCCGCAAUCAGAUCUGUGUCUAUCCUGGUAGACAACCACCAAGCAUGGACAUGGAGGCAGUAUCGCUUGCAGUAAACCUUCUGGAAGACCCUCUGUAUCCAGCCUUUGCCGAAACCCAGUGUGUGACCGAUAUCAACACGCACUUCCCAGAUGUAGUGCAAUUAUCGUGUGCCCUCGAGCUUCCGAGCCCCGAAACCGAAGUUGCCAAUCUACUGGCCCAAUUGCCGCCUCUGCAACCUCCUAUGAUGUCGCUAACACAUGACAAUCCAAGUACCACUGUGAUCAAGUCAAGGUCUUCGCUGCCCAUAUCGACAAUAAUUACGGAACGCCUACAGUUCGGCAUGGAUGUGCUGAAACAAGCACCCAAAAUGAUGGUCCUCGAAAGCCAGACGCCCUGGUGUCAUCGCCAAUUGUACAAGGACGGCAUGCCCAGGUCAAUGCAAGACGCCCUCGCCUGCUGUGCCCUCUACAUGGCUCGAAAUGAUAUCAAUGCUCCUGUCAUCCUCUCUUCCUUCAUAACCCGCAUUGACGAUUUACGUGCUUCUCCGCCACCGAGCACGCCUCUCGAAGCACUUGCACACACUCAAUCACUGAUACUGUAUCAGAUAAUGUGCAUGUUCGACGGGGAUAUCCAUGCCCGACUGUCCGCCGAGCCUUUUAUUCCCAUGCUGGAAACAUCGGCUUUCAACCUUCUGAAUCAUAUAUACUUCCCAGCCGCAGAGCCUGAUACUGCUCUUACCGCGCCCAUGGAUGCCGUCAUGCAGUCCUGGAAAGAAUGGGUAUACCAGGAAUCAGCGCGUCGCACCGCCCUUUUCACGUUUUAUCUGGUGCAAGUAUACCGUUUCGUGACGGGCGAGAACAACCUUAGCUGCGACGGCCGUCUCGGUCUCAACCACUCAUGGUACCUAUCCGCACCCCUGUGGAAUGCGCAGACUUCAUUCGACUUUGCCGUUGCAUGGAACGAGCAUCAGCAUUUUGUGAUCUGCAAUGCAGAUUUUGGCCAUGUGCUUGAAUGUGCGCGACCGUCUGAUGUGGACGUUUUUGGCCGGAUGCUCCUCAGUACGCUACUAGGCAUUGACCAGGCUAAAGCCUGGUUUUAUUCCCGAGGAGCUGACCUGUAAAUUCAUGUCUCGAUGGUACUAAUGCGCAUGUCUCUUCAAAUCUACGACCCUUACGACCAAUCUCCGAACUCCACAGAGCACACACAGACUCUGGCUCCCAUGUGCCUCGGGCGGAUAUCCUUCCGACAUCCGUCUUCAGCCUUUCAAGUUUUGCAAUAGCGGCACUGCCGUCAGAUCUACUAUGAACCCCGACAUAUACCCUUUAUGCGCACUAUUUUUUUCACCCAGCAAAUUGGAACUUUCUCCAAUUUUUCGUUUUGCUUACGUCGCUGGCAAGUUCAAUCAAUACAAUAUCUUAAGGUACGUGCCUACCGCAGCAAGGCAUGGAAACACACCUCGCUGAAUAGAAUGAGACUUUCUCGUUAAUCAGCCUCAGUUUUCCCAAUCUCACUGCCAUCUCUAUUUGGAUUUAUCUCCAUUUCCCUGUACAGGCGGUACGAGACACUUUUGGGAUGAAGGCCUCCUCGCGCUUUGUCGCC